AUGGCGUGGAUCGAGCCCCGGUCGCGUCCAGACGCAGAGCGGGAACAACAACUGACACCUUACAAUCUCAGGACACAAAUAUCCACACCAGCGUCUUCAUCAACCAUUCCUCAAGUCCAGCCUUCAAUUUUAACACCCGUCCUCAUCCUCCUGCUCACUGCCUUUGCAGACCUCUGUAUAGCUGGUCCACCCCAGCCAGCCCGCCCCCCUCUCCUGUCUGGACAGCCUUUCAUCAUCUUUUGGGGCAUCCCCAACUCGGCCUGCUCCAGUAGGACAGAUCCCAGAUCUUUUGGGAUGGAGCAGGAGGGCCGGGUGGCUCUCUUUUACGAGGACACGCUGGGGAACUACCCGUAUUUUGUAGACAAAGACACUCCGAUUAAUGGGGGUCUACCACAGCACACACGACUUGAUAACCACCUCCAGAAGGCACAGCAGGACUUGGAAGCAGCUUUACCUGCACCGAGGUAUCUUGGGCUGGGGGUGCUGCGCUGGGCAGAGUGGUCCCCCCAGUGGUUCAGGAACAGAGAGAAGCAAAUUAUGUAUCUGGAAGCAUCGAGGAACCUGCUGAAGAAUUUCUUCCCUAACUGGAGCCCAGAGGAGGUGGAGAAGUGGUCUCAGGUGGACUUUGAGGCAGCCGCGCAGGCGGUAAUGAUGGAGACGUUACGGGAGGCCAAAAGAUUACGGCCCAAAGCAUUAUGGGGUGUCUCCCCUUAUCCCAGCUGCUACAACGGCGACCCUGCCCAAACCAUGUUAGCCAAUUACACCGGCCAGUGCCCUGCUGCAGAGAUGGCCCUUAACGACGAGCUUCUGUGGCUCUGGAAACGAAGCUCCGCCCUCUACCCGCUCCUCACUCUGGAGAAGCUGCAGGGCGGGACUUCAGGAGCCAGACUUUAUUUAUCCAGUCAAAUAAGAGAAGCACUGCGAGUAUCAUCUCUGACUGGGAUGACGUUUGAUCUUCCUGUAUUCCCACUGGUCAAGAGCGUCUACACCUCAACUAAUACCUUCCUCUCACAGACAGACCUGGUCAACACCAUAGGAGAAAGUGCUGCAUUGGGAACAGCUGGAGUUGUCAUCUGGGAGAGAAAUGAGACUAAAACAGAGAGAGAGUGCCAGGACCUGGCAGAGUUUGUCCGCAAGGUCCUGGGACCAUAUUCCAUCAACGUAACCACGGCAACUCGACUCUGCUCAGCUUCUCUGUGCCAGGGAAAGGGCCGAUGUGUGCGUCAAAAACCAGAAAGCUCCGCCUACCUCCACCUCCAGCCCCCGACUGAAGUAGUUGAAAAGGUGACGGAAAAGGCAGAAGCAGCAAAAGCCACAGAUCAGCCGGACACAGACACUAAACCAGCUGAACCAGCUGAACCAGACCCAGCUGAGAUAUGGAAGAACGAUUUCCAGUGCCAGUGGUACAAGAUCGCAGACGGAGACGUCUCCGACCGACUGCCCCCCAAAGACGGAACAUCUUUUGGGGGAACAGUAGAAGUAAACACAGGAGACGUUGUGGGAACUACAACUGCAUCUACAAUAGCUUCUAUAACGAAAGGUGCCUCUGCGACUGAGCUAAGAAGAAGCAGUUCAGUGGAUACUGUGAGUCCAUCGCCUUCACUGGAGGUACCUACAGGCCGUGGUACGAAUCCCCCGAGUGCCCCACACCUGACUGUUCUGCUGCUGCUGGUGAUUGGACGUCUGUGCCUAGAACCUUAA